GGGGGCCAGGAGCAUGGCCGGCCAUAGGCAUUAGCGAACUAAAUGCCUGCUUAGGGCCUACAAGGCCACCAGGGGGCCCCCAAGAGCACUUGAAAUGUUCCACAAGAAACCUUGAUUUAAAGAUGGACACACAAGAGAAAAAGAGACAGAUUCCCCCGCUCCACAGCCCAUUAGUCUCUCGGGCCAUGGUUUGGACACAAGUGACUGGGAAGAAAAAAAGUUCAUACACCUGGUGGUAAUUACACUGUAUGAGGCCGUUCUGUACAAUGUGUGUGUUACUGACUCACUGGGACGGCGGCGGGACCCCCUGCUUUUGGAUUUCAUGGGGGCAGUGCAACAUUCAAAUCCGCUUUAACCCACGCCUCCAAUUCGGCAUGCGCCAGUGUGCGCGGCGCGCCGAGCCUCUGCGCAGGGACACGGACGCACGGGAUGCUGCGGGAACCCGCCGCGGUACGGCUCGUCGUGAAGUCUGUGGAAAUAUGAUGCGUCCCUGCAGAAGCGAUGGAUUCAAUAGACGCCGCUGAUCCGUACAGCCGACCGGCGCGCAGGACGCAAUGGAUAGUCAGCACCCUGGCUUACCACUACGGACUGGACCGCGGAGUGGAGAACGAGAUCAUAGUGUUGGCCACCGGGCUGGAUCAAUAUCUGCAGGAGAUUUUCCAUCAUAUGGACUAUCUGGGCGCGGGCAGGAUCCCCGUCGAGGACUUCCACAUCCUGCGUGAAGUCUUGGGACUGAACAAAGACGCGGAGGAGUCCGAGUGCGCCGGUGACAAUUUGCCCGGCGAGCUCACCUUCAGACACUUCCACGCCAAGCUGUGCGGACACUUCAGCACCAAGGCGGGGUGCCAGUACGAGAACGGCCGGCUGCUGGUGGGGAGGGACAGCGAGCACAUCGAGACUCAGAUCCGCCUCAGGAGCCCGCUGAAGCGGCGCGAGCGGCUGCUGUCCGACUCCUGUCCGUCCGCGGAGGGGCGGCACGCCUCCGGCUGCAGGGCCGGCUCCUGCACCAGGGAAUGCUACGAGGAGAUAGUGGCCCUGGAGGAGGCGGAGGACCGGAUCACGAAGCUGGAGGACGAGAACGCAAGCCUGAGGGAGCUGAUCGAGGACAUGCGAGCCGCGCUCCAGAGCAGCGACGCGCGCUGUUUGGCUCUGCAGGUAGGACUAUGGAAGAGCCACUCCAAACACAAACCAGAGGACGGCUGUUUUGUUGCCCACCAGAAACAAGCGGCCCUCAAAGGCACAGGCAACGGCAACCUGAAAAGCAGCACCUACAGUAACCUGAAGAGCCUGCAGAACAUCAUCCACGAGAUUGAACUGCUGCAGAGCUCCAGAGACCGACAGGUCGAGGAAGCCAUGCUGUGUAACCACAGACUAGAGCAGGAGCUGUGGAGCUCUAAAGAGACUGUAGCCGCUCUGGAGGACUGCAACCGUGUUCUGAAGAGGGAGCAGGUGGGCAUGAGGAGGAAAGUGCAGGAGGCCCGGCAGGCGCUUCUCAGCGGACUGGGUAAAGUGAAGGAACUGGAGACCAAGGCCAAUCACGUGCCAGCGCUCCAGAGACACAUCCUCCAGCUGGAGUCAGAGCUUCUCUACUACAGGUCGGAGGUGUCAAAACUACAGCUCCCAGGCAGCACCAGGGCAGAGCAGCAGCAGAGCGGCGGCGGCGGCAGGCCAGGCCAGAGAUGCUGCCCGGAUUCGCAGCACGACCGCUGUUCCCCGACGGGGCGUGCUGUGACGACACCAGACAAGAUGGAGGAGCAGCUCUUUCGCUCGGUGGAGGGCCAGGCCGCCUCUGACGAGGAGGAGGACAAGUGGACCAGAGACCAGCAGGGGCAGGUGGACGAAGUGAAGAGGAUACUGAGCAGGCUGUCCUGCUGCGGAGAACGGUGCGACGACAAGGCCGUCAGGAAGCUGCUGUCCAACUUCGGGAGCGCGAGGAGCGAGGAGAGCUGCGGCGCCGUGGUGGAGCUCCUGGAGCGGGUGACCAGGCUGCACAAGCAGCUGGAGCUGAAGGAGAGCCAGGUCGAGAUAGACAUGGACCAGAUGAAGGAUUCCCUGGUCCAGGAGCUGCAGCAGAAGGCCGAGGAGACCGAGCUGCUCCAGAUGGAGCUGCAAAUGCUGGAGACGGAGAGGGUUCGUCUGUCGCUGGUGGAGGAGAAACUCGUGGACAUUCUGCAGCUCCUCCAGCAGCUCAGAGACCUGGUUAGUGGAGCGACUGCACGCGGCCCGAGCGCCAGGAGGUCGAUUCUGAACGUGUUGGUGAAGCCAAACCAAGAACGUCUCGCGGAGGUCCCUGGGAAAAAUCCUGCUCAGCACUUUGGAGUCUUGCAGCGACCCACAGCACGGGAAAGCCCACAUUCUGGAGGUGCUCAACGCUCUCUACCACGAGCUGGCGGCCUGUGAGAUCCUGUCCACUGGCGGACCUCUGCAGCGCACCCAGAGUCAGCAGUCCCUGAACGCUCUGGUCAUCUCCUGCUGAACAAGGGCGCCUCCUGCCUCUCUCUACAGGAACGCCACACCAAGUUGCAUCAGCGGUCACGAAAACAUGUUGAUCGAUGUGUAUAGUGUAUUAUUAGUGUAUUAUAUUGUAGCUCAUAUACUCCUCAGACUCUGUCAUCUAUAAAGGGAUAUUAGUCUAGAGAAUUAUUAAUUAAUGCAGUGAAGGGCUUCAUCGCGUGGAAAGUAAUUUCUUGCUCAAACGUGUUCCGAGAGCAUUUAUUGCACACGACUCUUUCAUGAUCCACAAAGAUUAUUUUUCUUUUCUUUUUUACACAACAGAGUUCCGAAUGUGAAAAAUGUUGAAAUAAGCUAAACUUUAAAGGGCAUGGAGCGAAAUGUAACGACCUCCACGAGGAAGCGGCACCUCUGUGUGUGUCCAACAGCUUUACUCUUUUCCUGUACAAAGAAAUGCAGCCGGUUUCCCGCCACAGUUUGAGAACACAAGUCGGCAUAUACGUUUGGCACUUGGGAAGCCUCCGUGCCGUUCGAUUGUGCAUUUGUAUCAUUAAUGUUGAGAAAUGUUACCGAGUCAUCGAUGCGAGCGAUACCCAAGUCUCUCCAAGACAUUUUGCAGAUGCAGAGCGCGCCCAGCGAUGCCCACGUAAAAAAGAUCUGUUCAUACAAUGUAACAGCUGCUGGCCCACACAAUUCUAUUACGUUAUUAAUGUACAGUGGCUUAAGCUGACCUAUGGUUACUGCCUCAUACUUGUUUCUCGGUGUUAUAAAGCAGUUUUUACCUUUAAUGAAACGCUCUUUCUGUUUCAAGAAACGUCAUAUGAGUUGGAUCAGUUGCAUUGUUAUUUUGCUGUCUUGCCUCGGACAGGAAACCACUCACUGACGUCGUGGCAUUAAAGCAUUUUGGUAAUGCAGAA